UGUCACUUCAAAAGUGAUGAUUUAAUUUUACUCUCGAAAUAAUUAAUAAAUUUCACCAAAUUAACAUAUAGAAAAUUUAUUAAAAUACAAACGCUUUGGCCAAAAUAUGUCUGAAACAAAUAAUACUCGUAGUCAUAAUAUCAGGCUGGAGAAAGAGGAAUCUCCUCUUGUUAGCAGCAGCAGUAGUGUAAAGACUGGGUCGAAUUCCAGCCCUUUAGAGUUGGAAGUAAUUGUGGAGGAGAGUUUAAAACAGAUUGGAACACCUCCAAACUAUGACGAGCUAACUCUGAAUAGCAUUGUGGAUGCAAUUAUGCCCAAAAUUAAGAACAAGUUAAUGGGCCUUGAUGCGAUCGAGUUGGAGGUCCAGAAUAUCCGAAAAUCCCUGGACACAUAUAGUCAGCAAAUGAAAGCAGUGGAUGGGGACAUAGCUGAAAUAUUUUUGGACCUGCACAAUAUUUACAAGAGGCUCGAAGGACUCGAUAAAAGUGGCAGGAAGUUAUGCAGCACAAAGAAAGCCAUUUUAUUAAGGCAUGUCAAGGAGUCUGAAGACUUGCUGAACCGUUCACGACGUUAUCUAACAAACGAUCCCAAAGAGAUGAGUGCCCAUCUUGUUGGUCCACCAACGGAAGUCCCAUCGAUUCCUAAGGACACAGCCAACUUGGAGGGCAGCUCGAAAGGAAGUACCUAAACCGAACCUAAUAAUUUUGAUUGAUGAUUGUACUACUCACUCCAUCUAAAUCUGUGCAUAACAUACUUCAGAGACGGCAAACGGGUGUUAAAUGUGGACUGCAACAAAAAAAUAUUUAUUAAAUUUCUAACUAUUUACAACAAA